UAUCAGCCCUGUGGGACCUUUGUGCCAGCUGGGAGUGGCGUAUUGACGUUUCCCAUGUGCCCAUGGUGACGGCCGUGGCGCAGGGAGUGGUGCGGCCAGUUCCACCGCUCUGUGGUGUCACCCCUGCCCGCUGCACCCCUCCUCACCCGGGCAGGGCCCUGGUAUUUAGCGGGUGCCCGCCACCCCGGGAGAGCCGUGCCGAGGACGACGAUUGGGGGUGCUGCUGGCGGCGGUGCUUUCGAAGGGUGCUGCCGGCAUUGCCUCUGCUGGGAGCUUUUCUGCAGCUCGAGGGCCACAGAGCAUGUGGAACCCCAACCCAGGUGCACCCGGAGGGGUGCCACCACCCCAAGUCCAAAUUUGCCCACCUGCUCCUCCAGGAUACCCUGGUCCUGGCACUCCAGCAGGUCCCUACCCUGGCUACCCUCCAGUGCCGCCUGGCACCCCUGGGACCUAUCCCCCGGGACCCCCAGGUGGCUAUCCCUGUGGCCCCUCUCCACCUGGCCCCUACCCACUGGGACAUCACCCCCAUGGGCACCCCCUGCCAGGGCAGCACCCCCAUGGGCACCCCCCACCAGGACAUCACCCCCAUGGACACCCCCCACCAGGGCAUCACCCCCAUGGGCACCUCCCACCGUGCCCCCCUGACUGCCAUCAGAAGCACCAUAAGAAGCACAAGAAGAAGCACUCCAAGCACCAUGGAGGCAAGCACUCCAGCAGCUCAAGCAGCAGUUCCGACUCUGACUGAAGAGGACGUGUCCCACCCGCAUGGCAGGGAAUUGACAAAACACGAAGCUGAACGCCCCACAGGAACCACCUGCAUGUUGCUCCACUCCUUUUCCCUUUCUCUGAGAGUGGCGUUUUGCCUGCUGAGUGAUUUUCUUGUUUUUAGCUUGUAAAUUCUUUGACCUGGAAUUGCUGUGAGAUGAUGGGCAGCAGCUCUGUCCUCUGUCUUUCAGAAGAACCCACUGAGAGUCAUCCCCGAGGCUGCAGGUAGCAGCGUGGGGAGCAUCACGUGCUGGUUUGCAGUC